AUGACAAACAUAAAGAAAAUUGCAGUACCAAGGUAUGGAAAGGAACCUACAGAAAGUACAGCCAUAUUAGUACCUAUUUGCAAAAUUUCUAACGUUCCAUCUUUGCUUUAUACCGUUCGUUCUACUCACCUUAAACAAAAUAGCGGCGAAGUGACAUUUCCUGGUGGAAAAACUGAUGGCGGCGAGGAUGCCGUACAGACUGCUCUUAGAGAGACUUUUAAAGUAAUUGGACUGCCUCAAAACAAAAUAGAGGUCUGGGGUAAAGGCACCGCUGUUCCAGGCCGCAAUAAUAAAAUACUAGUGACCCCUGUUAUUGGUUCUAUCGAAAGCUUACAACAGUCAGAUUUAAAUAUAGACACAAAGGAAGUAUCAGAGGUGUUCACUAUUCCAAUUGAGAUGCUCUGUGAUGCAAAAAAUCAAUUUCAUACUCAAUUUAGUAAUGGUCAAGUCUUGCCAGUAUAUUGUGUGGAGAACUAUAAAAUUUGGGGCAUCACUGCUUAUAUCACACAUAUCUUUUUGAGCAGCAUAUUGACCAAAGAUCACUAUAGAAAUGAUUGGACGAAAAAGAAAAUAGAUCUGGAUCCUAUAAAAAGUACAACGUAA